AGCUUUACACUUCACGGUUUAAAGCUUAUGUUAACACUGUUUAUUGCUUACAUGCUUACAUUGCGUUCAUAUUUUAUUUAUUAUUAUUUGAACUCACUUCAAGUUACAAAUCAAAGCCUCCUGUUGGAUCUGGAAGACAACUGCGCAGUGGUCUGAAAUCAUGGGGUCAACUACUUCAACUGUAUAAUCCCAGGAAUCCAUAUUUGUUAGAAAUGUGUCCAGGCAAGCAGUUCCUCUUGUUGGAAGGUGACUGGCUACAAACAAUCCAUGAUGUCGCAAAAGUGGAAAUAUGGAAGAAGGGAAAAGAAUGUUGGAUAAAACGAAUCUCCAGGACGAAAUAGAUUUUUUGUAUAGUAUGAUCAGAGAACGUGAGAAAAUGCUGCAGUCUAUGGACGGCUUUCGGAAAAAUACGCAGCAAACAUCAGCAAUGACAUUGAAUAGUACAAAAAUUAGUGGGAGCGGGAGCAUACCUGCCACAAUGACGAACUCUGUUGAUUCGUCAGUCAAGUGCCCUUCGGACUAUUUUAUCAAAUCUGUGAUAUCGGAAAGCAAAUCUCAACCUAGCUUUAAAACUAGUGAACGUGUGAUACGAAAUUCAACAGCUGCAACUGAAACCGAACAAUCGUCCUCAAUUAGCACAUCUACUACUCCAGCUAAUAACAUAUUCAUCAAUCCAAAGUUUCAAAAAUCCUCUUUUCUGAAUAAAUUGAAUGUUGAGUCAUCAAAUGAAGAAAGUAAAAAUAAUGAUAACAAAUUUCGAAAUGAAAUGCCUUCAAUUUCGUCUCAGUGCAAUAAGACUAAAAUUGGCAUUCAUGUUAAUCCGAAUUUUCGAAGUAAAAUUACUCAGAGUUCAGUGCCGCAAAAAGUACCAGAAACCUCGAGUUGUCAACAAAAUUUAAAUUCGAAAAUUGGAAACAGUGAUGAAAGUAUUCCAAGCUUGACAGUUGAUUCAACUAAAUUGAUGAAAAAAUCUGUAUGCAUUGUUGAGAAACCAAAAACAUUGUACAUUAAUCCUAAAUUGGUUCAAAAGGAGUCUACAAGUUCAACUUCUAAAAUGUGCGGGAAUGACAUCAAUUACAGAUCGAAUGAAGUUCCGAUGAUGCACUCUUCAGUCAAGCAGCCAUUAACGUCCAAAAACUCCCAGGAUCAGAAAAGGUUUGCUAAUUUUCCAAAUGUCAAGCCAAACUUUGAAAAUGCAAGCUGUUUGAAAAAUGUUGUGCCUUUCAAUAAUCGAAACAUGAUGAUGAAUAGAGGAAGGAGAUAUGCAUGGACACCCAAACCGAAUUCAAGAUUGACAUAUCCCAACUAUACAUUGUCAAACAUGCAACACCAUAGCAACAAAUUCAUCAAUGGAAAAGUUCCUGUUCAGAAAAACAGAGUUUGGAAAAAGCCAGUGGAAUCAGGCACCUCUGAGGAAGCAUUGAAUAGACAAGCAGACUCAAUACCAACAGAUAAACCCAAAAUAAUGAACAGCAGUAAGCAAAUAGCUUUAUCAUUGGUUUGCCAAGAACCUGUUCCUUGCACCUCCAGGACAGUAGUAAGCAAAGAGACUCUAAAGUCAACUGAUAUUCUUGGUUUGGGUGAAAGCUCUGUGGUAAUAGGAAUGAACUCUCCAGACUUGAGAAACGAAUUUCAUAAAAAUAUCAACCAACCUACCACUUCAAUAACUACGCUAGUUGCCAUAAGCCCUAGAGAAGUUAUUAUGAAACAUGAGGGUUCACCACAAGACUCAAAUCCUCAACAGACUGUUGUAAACCGCAAGACUUUGAAAGGGAUCGAAUCGCAAACACAAAAGUAUAAUCGUUCAAAUCUUGUAACCAAAAUUGAUUCACUAAAAAUUAAAUUUAACAAAAUUUCGAAAUUCUACCUAAAUGUAAAGCAGCAGCAAGCUAGUGAAAAUGUUAAAGUGAGUAGUUGUCACCGGCAGCCAGCAACAACUGUUGCAAGUCAGCCAAACUUUGUUGCUGGCCAAAAGCAUAGGGCUUUCAAUUCGAGAGCAGGAGGCUUACAGAGCACGUCAAAUUUGAUAUCAGUGAAUAGAAACAAAUUAAUUGGUGAACAAAGCAGUAAUUGCAGACCCGCCCUCAGGAGAUCACAAAGUAGGACUCAGUUGGCAGCCAGAAACAACAGAAUAGUUGGCAGGUUUCAUAAUUCAAUGAAUUUGGCUUUGAAUAGGAACUCCCUGAUUCGUGACCGUUUGAGAAUGAGAAGGCAUUUCAAUCCAAAUUUCCAAUCGUAUAACGGGUUUAGGAUUAAAUACAGAAACUUCAAUACAAACAACAGGCGGCAUAUUUUACCAAGAAACAGUCAUUUCAGAAAACAGCCAGCUCCACAUGUUAGUGGAGAAUUCAAGAGCUCGCCAAGGAAAAGGAUGAAAUCAAUAACGAUCGAGGGAGUAAAAUACCACAGUUCUUGCAACAAACUGCAGCGGAAACUAUCUUUGAAAGAUAUGAGAGCUAAUCAAAAACAGCUAGUCAGUGUUAGAGGUGAGAAGUUUGAAGUGGGAAAUGGCGGAAGGACGCUAAAGCGCAUCGGAGAGGGUCCAGCGCGGCUCAAUAAGGUCUAUGUCGAUGGCGUUGCUUUCAUUCGGUCAAAAGAAAAUAAUUCAACUAUGUGCAGAACCAAUACUCAAAAUGUUCAUCAAAAACUCAGGCAAGCGAAGCAAAGAAGCAUAGCGCAGCUAACGAAGAAAAUGCGGAAAAACAACGAGCCUUGUCCAAUUUAUCAUCGAUUUGGAAAAUGUUCAGGGAAAGAGAAUGGGACGUGCUAUAGAGUACAUGACAGAAAGAAUGUGGCUAUUUGCAGGAAGUUUCUGAACGGAAUUUGUCACAACAAGGACUGUUUGCUGUUCCACGACAUUGUUGCCACGAAAAUGCCAACUUGUCGCCAUUUCUUGGCCGGCAUUUGUACAAGGGAGAACUGUCAAUACCUGCAUGUCAAAUUGAACAAUUCGGCUCCAAUCUGCAUCAAGUUUCUGCAAGGCUACUGCGAGCUCGCUGAAAAGUGCAAGAACCGACACAUUGAAAUCUGUCCCGAAUUCGAGGAAUUGGCCAAAUGCUCGAAAGGUAAGUGCUGUCCCUACCCUCAUCCCAAAAAUUAUCACCGAUCCAAAUUGAUUAGUUUUCAAACUAAUAAAAGACGAACUAGGAAAUCUGACAAAAUAGUUAUGCCCGAGGAACUCGAAAAUUAUGAUGAACAGCUGGGCGAGAGGAGCGAGCCUGAUGUCGGUGCGUUGACCAACAGAUAUUACAUGGCAUACGAUGACGGCAACAGAAUGGCCGAAGAAUCCUCCAAUUCGGAUAAUUGGGCGGCAGUAGACAGUGCUAGCCAUAGUGGCACUUCUUGGCUCAAAUCUCGUCCCAAGUUAGGCCACUUGGGAGGAUUUAUUCCAUUCGAGAAAAAACAAUAAAUACAUCUGAAAAAGGUAAUAGACCUCCACAAAUUGGCUGCAUUCUAUGAAGAUAAUACUGUGAUCUCCAUUAUUACCUUCACUUACUUGUUUGGAAAACGUUCUACGAUAAUUGAUUGAUCUCCUAUAUUUUUCACUAUUUUAUACAACCUGUUACAUUGUUUAUUUAUCUGCCCUCGUCAAGUGGUUGAACCUCUAAAAAAGCCAUCACACAUCUUCCACAAAUAACUUGUUACGAAUUUUUAAUAAAUAUUUUUCAAUUGUUAUUGUUUUAUGACCUGCAUGUACACAAUACAAUUUUAAUCCGAAUAUAUUUUUAUGGAAAACCUCACCAGAUAACUAUUGAUUGCCAUGGCUGUGUAGAUCACUUUGUUAUUGUAAUCAUUCAUAAAUUUUGUAAAUCAUAUAUUAUGGCUUGUUGUCCAUUAAGUGAGUAGAUUUUUAAUUUUUUGCAUGCUUUGCCUGUUUAGCUUCAUUGGAUCGAAUAGCCAAAUUGUAAUAAUAGCGUUAAUAGCGUUAUCCCUACAUUUUUGUUGCUUAAAUGACACGCCUUGCCCACAUUGGCGCAUAAACAUUUCAAGGUUCAUUGCAGAAGAGAAAAUUCUUGAUAGUCAUCAAGUUGAGUUUGAAAGAAACAUAAAAUGUCAAUUAUAUAAUUGCUAUCAAAUACGUAGUAAUUAUUCCAAUAAUAAAAUUUCUUGACGACUUCUUCAAUUACAUAAUUAUUUUGACAACAGAGAGAAUAUCAUGAAGGAUUUUUUUUAAAUACAUUAUGCUGUGCAGGAGUCUUCAGCGUAUUAGUGAGGGAAUAUUAAUUGGUAUUUGGUAUAAUUAAUAGGCUAAUAAUUAAGUAUUGUUAUCGAGUUUAUCAUAAUUAAAAUUGCUUGAUUGCCGCCAAUUUUGAUUAUACAGAGUGUCCCACCAAGGUUGUAGCAACCGUUAACCAUAGAUUCCACUCGACAUUUCUGACAAAAACUGUUGAUUAAACUUUUUUCUCAUCGACCUUAGUUUUCGAGAUAUAUAAUUUUUCGAUAUUUUCAGAAUAUGCCUACUCCUGGUCAUUAGAUACUCAAUAACUCGAAAACUACUUGUCGAAUUUCAAUUUCAAGGGUAUUGUUGGAAAGAGAAAAACAUUUCAAACAGAAUUAAUGUAAUUUUAUCUGUUGUAAGAUAUUUUGUAGUUUUUUAUUAGGGCUUAAACUUGAAAAAAUGCUAUUCUUCAAAUUCAAAGUGAAAUUUCAAACCGUUUUUUCUCGGUUUUUCUCCGGGUGAUUAUAGUGGCUUCUCCAUUUCAUAAGCUUUCGAAUAAGUAUAAAUUCGAAAAGGCAAGUUUCAUGAUAAAGUGUUCAAAACUGCUAAUACCUGGAAUGAACACCUUCAAAAUGAGGAAAUUUACAAACAGCAAGCAUCAAGUGGUGAUCCUAGGGUGAAAUCACCUGAUUUCUCUCUGACAAUAUUCACAAGUUUUGAUCAAUCUACAAUGAUAUAACGUUUGUGAAUUUCCUCAUUUUGAAGGUGUUCAUUCCAGAUAUUAGCAGUUUUGAACACUUUAUCAUGAAACUUGCCUUUUCGAAUUUAUACUCAUUCAAAAGCUUAUGAAAUGGAGAAGUUUUUGAAAUAUUGAAACCCCUAUAUUCACCCGGAGAAAAACCGAGAAAAAACGGUUUGAAAUUUCACUUUGAAUUUGAAGAAUAGCAUUUUUUCAAGUUUAAGCCCUAAUAAAAAACUACAAAAUAUCUUACAACAGAUAAAAUUACAUUAAUCUUGUUUGAAAUGUUUUUCUCUUUCCAGCAAUACCCUUGUAAUUGAAAUUCGACAAGUAGUUUUCGAGUUAUUGAGUAUUUAAUGACCAGAAGUAGGCAUAUUCUGAAAUUAUCGAAAAAUCUAUCUAUAUAUCUCGAAAACUAAGGUCGAUAGGAAAAAGUUUACUAAACAUUUUUUGUCAGAAAUGUUGAGUAGAAUCUAUGGUCAACGGUUGUUACAACCUUGGUGGGACUUCCUGUAUAUGCUAUUUUUGAGAUUCUCAAUGUUCAUCACAACUUAAUUUUAAUUCAUUUAUCUCAUCUAUUUAAACAUUAGCGUAAAGGGUCCAAGACGAAUACUGGAAUGAGCAUUAUUUAAUGAAUGAAUACAUUGAUUGAAGUUGUAAUGAGUCAAGGUGAUCGAAUAAGUUGAAAAUUAGUAAGAUAUCUGAUGAAAAAUGUUGAAAUGCCUCAAUAUUUGAAGUUUUAUUAUGGUGAUAGCCUAAUUAUUAUUUAUUUUUAUAUUGAUCUAGCUUAUAUCGAAAACAAUGUGUUCAUUUUCAUAGAAUUUUGUAUCCAGAUGAUAUUGUUGAAAUAAAGUGAAAAAUUAUCAAGAUAA